AUGGCGUUCUUUGGCACGUCGACAUCGACGCUUGGCGCCGCGAACAGCGCCACUGAGAAAGACAUCGAGGUGAAUGAUCCCCCCACCGAUUCCAUUUCCUCGACGGCCUUUUCCCCGACCGCGGACUACCUUGCGGUCGGCUCGUGGGACAACAAUGUACGCAUCUAUGAAGUCGGGGCGAACGGCCAGACGCAGGGCAAGGCCAUGUACUCGCACCAGGGGCCCGUGCUCUCCGUGUGCUGGAACAAGGACGGUACCAAAAUUCUCUCCGGCGGCGCGGACAACGCGGGGCGGAUGUUCGACGUCACGACGGGCCAGGCGUCGCAGGUGGCCCAGCACGACGCGCCGAUCCGCGUCGUGCGCUGGAUUGAGUCGCCCCAGGGCGGGGUACUGGUCACCGGCAGCUGGGACAAGACGGUCAAGUACUGGGACCUCCGCCAGUCGACGCCGGUCUCGACCGUGCAGCUUCCGGAGCGCUGCUACACCAUGGACGUCGUCUACCCGCUCAUGGUCGUCGGCACCGCGGAGCGGCACAUCCAGGUGUUCAACCUCCAGAACCCCACCACCCCUUUCAAGACCCUCCAAUCCCCACUAAAGUGGCAGACGCGCGUCGUCGCGUGUUUCCCCGCCGCGAACGGCUUCGCGGUCGGCAGCAUCGAGGGGCGCGUGGCGAUCCAGUACGUCGAGGAGAAGGACGCGUCGAACAACUUCUCGUUCAAGUGCCACCGCCGGGACCAGUCGCCGACGACGAAGGACCAGUCCCUCGUCUACGCCGUGAACGACAUCUCCUUCCACCCCAUCCACGGCACCUUCUCCACCUGCGGCGCCGAUGGGACGAUCAACUUCUGGGACAAGGACGCGCGCACGCGCCUGAAGUCCUUCGACCCCGCGCCCGGCCCCGUGCCCUGCGCGGCGUUCAACCGCUCGGGGACGAUCUUCGCCUACGCGCUCGCGUACGACUGGUCCAAGGGUCACUCGGGCAUGACCCCCGGGCACCCCAACAAGCUCAUGCUGCACGCGUGCAAGGACGACGAGGUGAAGCGCAAGCCGCAGAAGCGGUGA